AUGGUAGUCUACGGAGGAAGCCCCAACGACAAAUCCGCUAUGAGCGGCGAAAUCUUCAUGUUUGACACCAUCAGCCAAACUUGGACAAAAGGCAAAGCCGGAGAACCACGCGCCUACGCAACUUGCACCAUCGCCGGAGACCAACUCCUCAUCUGGGGCGGCAUGGCGGCCAACAAGACUGUCGCCUCAGGAGAUGUGUUGGUUUAUAAUAUGGGGAAUGAUACUUGGGUGCAGGGGUAUAUCCCACCGGCUGAGUACUUGAACCCGUCGGCGACGACUUCGGCUGGUGCAGAUCCUUCUUCCACUGAUAAAGAUGGUAGUGGCGGUAGGGGAGCGAAUGUGGGGGCUAUUGUGGGAGGUAUUGUUGGAGGGUUGGUUGUGGUUGCAGGAGUUGUGUUGUUUCUCUUCCGACGACGACGACAGGAUCACCGCCAACGUGAUGACAGUUCAGCCUCCGGAAAAGACCUGUCGACCACCAACCGCACCAAUAACAACGACGGCACCAGCGCAAUAGAAAAACUCCACGCCACAGGAUACGGGACACCCAGCAACAAAUCACUCAAGGAAGAAAAAGAAGAACUCCAAACCCUCCGCGAACAACUCGAAGCCCAGAAGAAACAACAAGCAGCCCUACAACGCCAAGUAGAGGAACUCAAGAGCCAGCAUGCCCAGGAUGCCGUGUACGGAUACCAACCACCCACUUACUACCCUCCAGGAACAUCAUCAACAAUACCAACACAACCAGUGAUCUUUCAGCCCUACCCGGAGCAAGGGCCUGUGGUUUACAAUCCUACUUCUCCUCCGCCGCCCGUCCCUCCGCGCAUCCCUGUCACAACCGAACUCAGCUCUGGAAAUGUGCCAGCAACAGUGUCAAGCAUCCUUGGACGUCAGCUCCGAUACGCACAAUCUUCCAAGGUUCGAGCCCCAGACCUGCCUAACGGUAACGACGACAUCAUCGUCAUCGUCCUCCUCCCCAGAAUCGCUCUUGAUUCGCCAGACGCGAACGGAUUCAUCUCGGCAGCCGGUGACAAACUCCAGUGGUACAGUCGGGUUCCAGGCGACACUGGUAACGGAUCCAAAGAACCCGCGGACAAUAGCAGUACACGACCAUGUGUCUUGUUGAUGUGA